AUGCGCCUCCAAUUGUCUUCCAAAAAAGCAAACCGGGACGCUGCGGCGGUCCACCAGCCCCUGACUGUGGAGCAGUCCUUCGUAGAGCGCGUUUGUGUCACCGUAACCAAACGAACUGGAUCCCAGAUGAUCGGAUGUUCCUUCUUCGGCCGGUCGGAAAUCUUUGCUGAUGGCUACACCAUCUGGGAAGUGGGCACGUCUGGUCAGGUUAUUGGCUGA